CAAUACCCCCCCGCUGCGCCGCAGGCCGUGUUCGACUGCGUGGUGAACUCUCUCAAGAACGUGCUCAACAUCCUCAUCGUCUACAUGCUCUUCAUGUUCAUCUUCGCCGUGGUGGCCGUGCAGCUCUUCAAGGGCAAGUUCUUCUACUGCACCGACGAGUCCAAGGAGUUCGAGAAGGACUGCAGGGGCGAGUACCUGGUCUACGAGAAGGACAACGAGGUGAAGGCGCAGAAGCGCGAGUGGAAGAAGUACGAGUUCCACUACGACAACGUGCUCUGGGCGCUGCUGACGCUCUUCACCGUCUCCACCGGAGAGGGCUGGCCGCA